CCUGUGGGAAGGCGAAGCGAACAUUGAAAACAAACCGCUGCGAAGUGUGUUUUCUUCCUCCGCCAGUCCGUAGAUCUCCUCGUCUGUUAAUUCGCUCGCAGGCGAAAAGAAGGGAAAGGAAGGGCGGAAAGAAAAAAGAGAAGGGAGGAAGAGAAGGAAACUUCUAAGGAAGCAACCAGAGGCAAGGUCUGGGGACAGAACGAGAGAGGAAGAAUUGCACAGGCACCUGAGAUGAAAGCAGAUGUGGGAAAGGACCCCGUCGCCCGGCUGAUUUAAGAUCCCCGUCCAAACAGCGAGACAAGCCGUCAACAACUUGAACGCACUUCGGAUGGUGGGGGGAAGGCAGUACGCCGGAAUGUGGAGAAGCGGAAGGAAAAACCCAAACCAGAUGAAAACGAGAUAGGCACCGUUCUCAUUUGCACAACCUCAAGGACAAAAAAAAAAAGAGGGACAUUUUAAGAAGCAGAAUUGGAAGCCAGCUCCGAAUUCAAAGUUCAGCAGGAAGCAAAAGGAGAGAAUCACUGGGAUCUCUCGCCAGAGCGAAGCGUCAGCCCAGAGGCAUCCUGCGGUGAAUGAUCGGGGGGUUAUAACAGACGCUGCUUGAGGGGGUGCCCCGAAUGGAGCCUAUAGCAUCAUCAGGAGCCCAAGGACAGCAGGAGAAUGAAUCGGCUGAACCCAAAAUCCCCGCCGCCCCCCAGGUCCAAGAAACAGAGGACGUUGGGGUCGGGAAGGAGACGACGACGGGAGAAGUUCUCGCAGUGAACGUGCGGGAGCAGGAGGCCUCGGAGGGGCUACCCCGUGAGGAACCCCCCUUUGCAAACGGCAGGGAAAGCGCUCCCAAGAAAGAGAACCAGCCCAACACCAAACGUGACGGGCCUGUGAAGCCUAAAGAGGCAGACUCCAAAGAGAGCGAAGCGAUUCCCAGUGGGGAUGCCGCACCGAGGAGCUCCGCUUCUCCGCCAAACAGCCCCGCCUCCAACCCGGUUGGAGACCCCGAGGAGACCCCCAAGCCCCGGGCUUCUCCGGCCAACCAACCCCAGCCGCCCGACUUCUACUGCGUGAAAUGGAUCAGCUGGAAAGGCGAGCGGACGCCUGUCAUCACCCAGAGCGAGAACGGGCCCUGCCCACUCCUGGCCAUCAUGAAUAUCCUUUUCUUGCAGUGGAAGGUGAAGCUGCCUCUCCAGAAAGAAGUCAUCACGUCCGACGAACUGAUGGCUCACCUCGGUGACUGCAUCUUAUCUAUCAAGCCCCAACAGCAGUCAGAAGUUCUGCAGCUUAACUUCCAGCAGAACGUCAACGAUGCCAUGACAGUUUUGCCCAAACUCUCCACGGGGCUGGAUGUGAACGUGAGGUUUACGGGAGUCUCCGACUUUGAGUACACGCCCGAGUGCAUCGUUUUUGACCUCCUCAACGUACCCUUAUAUCACGGGUGGCUGGUGGACCCACAGACACCAGAAGUGGCCCAGGCUGUCAGCAAGCUGAGUUAUAACCAACUGGUGGAGAAGAUUAUCACCUGUAAACACUCCAACGACCCGAAUUUGGUGACCGAAGGGCUGAUAGCGGAGCAAUUUCUGGAGUCUACCGCUUCCCAGCUGACCUAUCACGGCCUGUGUGAGCUCACGUCCACGGUGAAAGAAGGGGAGCUGAGCGUCUUUUUCCGGAACAACCACUUCAGUGCCAUGAUCAAGCACAAGAGCCACUUGUACCUCCUGGUCACGGACCAGGGGUUCCUACACGAGGAGCAGGUGGCCUGGGAGAGCCUGCACAACGUGGACGGCGACAGCUGCUUCUGUGACGCGGAGUUCCAUCUCAGCCACGCCCUGGGCAAGGAGGCGGCCGGUGGGAUGCCGCUGGACCAGCAGCUCAACCAGAGGCAGGUGGACCAGGACUACAUGAUCGCCUUGUCCCUUCAACAGCAGCAAGGCGGACCCGCUCUGAGCGACCUGGAGCUGGCCCAACAGUUGCAGCAGGAGGAGUACCAGCAGCAGCAGCAACAGCCGCCGACGCCCGCCACGACCCCCCCAGCGCAGGGGAGAAGCCCGCCACCGUCCCGCUCCCCCGGAGAGCGCAGGCAGCGGCAAAAACCGGAUUCUGACUGUGCCAUCUUGUAAUGGCGACCCGCCGGAUCCCCCUCCCCCCCCCCACCGCCAGCCCCAACCUCCGGCCCGCGCCGUGGGGAAGGCUUUCUUCCGUUAAACAGUUCUCGAAGCUACGUUCGCUCUGUUCCGGGGCCGAAACCAACCUUUUUUUUUAAAAAAAAGAAAAGGCAGAAAUAAGCUAACUUUCGGGUGAUGACGCACGUUCUUCAGCGUCUUUGAUUCCUUUCUCUCUCCCUCUCCCCUCAAAACUCUGCGCAUGGGCAGAGGUGUGAGCAGUCUCAGCUUUGUUGCGGGGCAGAGAGAAGGUUGCAGGUUUGGGGGCGUGGAUGGUUUGGGAGCAGAAGAGGCGAAUAUCCCAUCUCCCAGGACCAGGGAAACCAGCAAGCGAUUAGUGACAGAAAAGGGUGGGUUUAGACACUUCGUGAGCCAGAUUUGCCAACCCCACCCCACCCUGAGUCUGAGAUUCAAGUUUUGCUACUCCAGAAUUUCAAAGGUGUUUACAGCACCCAGGUAAACCUCUUGAAACAGGAGCUGCUGCUGCCUACAUUUUUAUAGGUGAUGUUUCAGCAACGCACGGCUUUUGCGUGAGAUUCCAGGGCACAUGAUCCAGGGAGUCUUUUAAAAAAAAAACCAAGCUCCCGGCUUUUUGGGGGGAGCACAGAUGCCUCCUUCGCAGCUUGUGGAGAUGCCCUUCGCAGGAGAAGGGGCUCGUAACGUUCCGCUUUGCGCACCCGGAAGGUUGCGGGUCCUUGUCCCGUCCUCUGCAGUUAAAAAGGAUCGGGGAACGGGAAAGAUUUGGGGAGGCAGACGUUGCCCAUCAGAGCAUCACGGGAGAAAAAGUCUAGAUUGGCUGAGCUGAUCCAGAGGCAGGUGUGGUACGUUCGCCACAGCCUGGGGGACACAAUCCCAAGCCGCUUGGAAACCUUGUCGGUCACCCGAAGGCAGAGAUGCCGUUACAAAGGGGGAAGGAAGGCAGCAGUGAAGGGCUUUUAUA